GGCGUAUAUGCUACUCUGUCGUAUUCGUGGGGCGGUCGAGGUUUUCCAAUGACCACGUCCCAGAAUUAUCAAGAGAGGAAGCACGGCUUCGAUCGAGACGCGCUGCCUAUAGCUUUUCAAGAUGCGGCUGCGAUGGCGUGGAGCCUUGACAUCCACUAUAUUUGGAUCGACACUCUUUGCAUAAUCCAGGAUGAUGCCGCGGAUUGGGAAGAUCAGGCCGCGAAAAUGGGACAGAUCUUUGAGGGCGCUGCCAUCACAAUCGCAGCCUCUUUGUCCACGGAUCCGUAUCAGACUUUUUUUACAGCACGGGAAUCCUCGUAUCAGGAAGCCGAACUAUAUAGCGAGUUCAAGGGAGAACUUAUCGAUGUCGUGUUCAAAGCAAGGAGGAAGAUUACUCGAGGAAUUCACGCCAAAGUUGGGCGUUCGAGGGACAUUGAUCCGCUUGACAAACGUGCAUGGGGUUUGCAAGAGAAAAUGCUCUCGAGGCGACUUAUAGCCUUCACCGGGGCAGAAUUGCAGUGGACGUGUAGAACACUCAAGGCGUGCGAAUGUCACCAUAAUACAUCUCCAUCGCAACCACUGUUUCCCACGCCUACUGGACCGAUAGCUGCGAACGAUUUCGUGAAACUCUCUAAGAGUUGGAGCCAGAUCGUCGAAGAAUACUCAACCCGCAAAUUGAGGUACCCUGCCGACAAGCUACCAGCUCUGGACGGUUUAGCAAGCAAAUUUGGGACCGCAACCGGAUGGACGUACAUCGCUGGUGGAUGGAGGGAGACUAUACUUUAUGAUCUAGUC